AGGAGCCAGCGGGGGCUUCCGCUUUGCGCGGUGUGGUACCUUGGGCGCGUGUGUUGGCGCCUCCGGAUUCCUGCGUUACCUCUAUUCCUGGUCUUACCGUAGCGUCGGGACUCCCUUCGUAUUUAAGGAUGAAGGCGAGAAGAAAUAAAAAACAGAUCCCAAGCUUUCGGAAGUUACUAAAAACUAGUAAAGUCAAACUUGAAAACAAGCUAAAAAAUAAGCAAUUUAAACAACAAAGCACUCUCAAGAAGUACCGAAAAGAACAGAGGAAACUAAGGCAAGCUGUAAAGGAUGCUGUGUCUAAGAAACCGAUCCCACUGGAGGACCCAAAGGAGAAAAGACCAGGUAAAAGAAUUGAGAGGGAAGAGGAGGAAGAAGAGGAAGCGCUUCCUUUGGAUAUGAUGGAUGAAGAUGACUUGCAGUUAAUGAGAGAGUUAGGACAAAGAGCCUCUUUUCUAACGAGAGAUCUUUCUUCUAGUGAACCUGUUCAUGCCAAGAAACGAAAGCAUGAGCGUGUUAUAGAUAAAUAUGAAAAAAUACCAAGAACUCUGCAAACUGCACCAGAGAAGGAACUGAUUCACUUGCUUCCCAUCAAGGAUAAAAGUGGUAUAAUCCCACAGACCAGGGAGAAGCCAGUUAUUGACAAUAACCAAGAUGAAGAGGAUCAAGAAGAGGUGGAACUUGAGGAAGAGAUUGUUGAAGAUCCCAUUCGAGAACUGACAUUAGAAGAACAUUUAAUUGAAAGAAGGAAGAAACUACAGGAGAAGAAAAUGCAUAUUGCAACUUUGGCAUCUGCCAUAUUAUCAGACCCAGAAACUAAUAUUAAAAAAUUAAAAGAACUGCGUUCUAUGCUGAUGGAACAGGAUCCUGAUGUGGCUGUUACUGUUCGAAAGCUGGUGAUAGUUUCCCUGAUGGAGUUAUUUAAAGACAUUACUCCUUCAUAUAAAAUAAGACCCCUCACAGAAGCAGAAAAAUCCACCAAGAUCCGCAAAGAAACCCAAAAAUUAAGAGAAUUUGAAGAAGGUCUGGUUAGCCAAUAUAAAUUUUAUUUGGAAAAUCUGGAGCAAAUGGUUAAAGACUGGAAGCAAAGGAAACUGAAGAAAAGUAAUGUAGUUUCCUUAAAGGCCUACAAAGGACUGGCAGAAGUGGCUGUGAAGAGCCUGUGUGAGCUGUUGGUGUCACUACCUCAUUUCAACUUUCACAACAACAUCAUCGUAUUGAUUGUCCCUCUCAUGAAUGACGUGUCAAAGUCGAUCUCUGAAAUGUGUUGUGAGGCAGUAAAGAAAUUGUUUAAGCAAGAUAAAUUAGGCCAAGCUUCCCUUGGUGUGAUUAAAGUGAUUUCUGGUUUUGUGAAGGGCAGAAAUUAUGAAGUUAGGCCAGAGAUGUUAAAGACAUUCUUGUGCUUAAGAAUCAAGGAAUUAGAAGUGAAAAAAGAUACAGAGGACAUUAAUAAACCAAAAAAGUUCAUGACUUUCAAGGAAAAGAGAAAAACUCUAUCAAGAAUGCAGAGAAAGUGGAAGAAAGCAGAAGAGAAACUAGAGCGAGAGCUUCUGGAGGCAGAAGCUUCAGAGAGCACAGAGAGAAAACUUAAACUGCACACGGAGACUCUGAAUAUUGUGUUUGUAACCUACUUCAGAAUAUUGAAGAAGGCCCAGAAGUCACCUCUCCUGCCAGCAGUUCUAGAAGGCCUUGCCAAGUUUGCUCACCUUAUAAAUGUGGAGUUUUUUGAUGAUUUAUUAGUAGUACUUCAUACUCUCAUUGAGUCUGGUGACCUAAGCUAUCGAGAAAGUCUUCACUGUGUACAGACUGCUUUUCAUAUUCUUUCUGGGCAAGGUGAUGUUCUGAAUAUUGAUCCGAUGAAAUUCUAUACACAUCUAUAUAAAACACUGUUUAAGUUACAUGCAGGUGCUACCAAUGAAGAUGUCGAGAUUGUACUCCAGUGCCUUGAUGUCAUGCUAACUAAGCGCAGAAAGCAGGUUUCUCAGCAGAGAGCCCUUGCCUUCAUCAAGCGUCUUUGUACCCUUGCUCUUCACGUUCUUCCAAAUUCAAGCAUUGGCAUUUUAGCAACUAACAGAAUAUUAAUGCAUACUUUCCCAAAAACAGAUCUGUUACUUGACAACGAAUCUCAGGGCAGUGGGGUUUUCCUUCCUGAGUUGGAUGAGCCCGAAUACUGUCAUGCUCAGAACACUGCGCUUUGGGAAUUGCAUGCACUGCAGAGACAUUACCAUCCCAUCGUGCGGAGAUUUGCGGCCCACCUGAUGGCCGGAGCCCCCUCUGAAGGCUCGGCAGCACUCAAGCCAGAGUUGAGCCGGAGAUCUGCUGCAGAACUCUUUGAGACAUACAGCAUGGCUGCAAUGACGUUCAAUCCUCCCGUUGAAUCUUCAAGUUCCAAAAGAAAGAAUGAAGUUUUACAAGGGGAUUCAUUUUUGAAUGAAGAUUUAAAUCAACUAAUCAAAAGACAUUGCAGUGAAGCAGCUACUCACUUGCCUCUGGAUUUCACCAGAUAUUUGAAAACAUCACUACAGUAGAAGAGUGAAGUGUCAGUGGACUUUAUUGUAUAUUUAUGUUUGUUUAGGUGCACACAGAGACAUACUAGUUUAUUUAGGACAUUCUCUUUUUAUACAAGGGAAGCUUCCUAAGAAAAUGCUUGAAGUUUUUUAAUGACAUUGCUUUUUUAAGACUUAAUAUACAUCUAAGGGUGCCUGGGUGGCUCGAUUGAGCGUCUGACUCUGGAUUUCAGCUCAGGUCAUGAUCUCAGGGUCAUGAGAUUGAGCCCCACAUUGGGCUCUGCGCUGGGCAUGGAGUCUGCUUAAGAUUCUCUCUCUCCCUCUACCCGAAUUCCAUGCUCUCUCUCUUCCUCUCUAAAAAAAAAAACCCAAAAAACAAUAUACAUCUUAAGUUAUAGUUUAAAAAAGAUCUUUGGAGUGAACUUAAUUGAAUUACAGUUGCUAGAUUAAAAUAAGGGCAUAGAGUGCAGAAAAAUCAAGACCACGAGAUUGCUUUUUUUACCAUUCAGCUACUCUUUAUAACCAAACUCUCUCAAAUGAAAUAAGUACAUUUUUAUUGCAACACUAUAGAUGGCAAUGAGACAAGUUCUAUAUAUGAGUAUAUUUUCAGGAAAAUUUUUGAGAAAAAAAAUAGCUUGAAAUUGGAUGCCAAGUUCAUUGGCUCUUGCUGAAUGACACACUUUAAGAAGUAACCUAGUUUGAUCUUAUUUAAGAAAAUGAGAGUGUUCAUUAUGCUUCUUUUCAAAAAAAGUUUGUGAUCCUAGUCUCUUCAGAGUUCGUCGCAUUUUCUGAUGUGCUCUGGAGGGUGAUGGGGGAUAACUCUGGGUGGGAAAACCAAGUUGAAGACUUGACUCUGUUUUAACGAUAAAUGGUGCUGUUGAAGGGCUUUUUCUCUUUUCCUUCUCUUUCUCCUAUUCCUCUUCCUUCUCUUCCUUCUUCCUUGUCUCUUUGUACAGAUAAAGUCCUUUUCUUGUGAAUAUAAUUAAAAAGCAAUAUUUUACCUAAGCUGUUGUCAUAUUCUAGGAAUGGCCUAUGAAGUAAGUUUUUGUAAAAACAGGUUAUAAAUAUCCUCUUCUGUGAAUAAUUGAAUAAAACAGCUACUUUUU